CUCAGCCUGUAGGAGAGACCAAACACAACACGGAAGCAACAUGCCUCCUAACACCUGCAUAUAUCUUCAGUAAUAACAGAUGACGUGUCUCCAACACUUGCCAACACAGAGUUAAACAAUAAAGACUUCACAUCCUAUACGAAAACCAGCCCACAAACACAGUAUUUUUCAUUACUACACUUAUAUACCACAAACUAAUAUCCCCUUAUUAGAAGAAAAGAAGAUAUUGAUAAGAAAAGAAGACAAAACCUCCACUUCACAACCCGGAAUUAUUUGCCCACAACUGUCAACAUGUCCGGUCUGCUGGAGCCCACCCUGUACAUCAUCAAGGGUAUUGCCAUCCUGGACAAUGAUGGCAACAGACUGCUGGCCAAGUAUUACGACCCUUCCAUCUUCUCCGGAGUGAAGGAGGAACGCAAGUUUGAAAAGAACCUUUUCCAGAAAACUCAUCGCGCCAAUGCUGAAGUGAUCAUGCUGGACAGACUCACUUGCGUCUAUCGCUCCAAUGUGGAUCUCUUCUUUUAUGUGAUGGGCAUGUCAUAUGAGAAUGAGCUGAUCUUGGUGUCUGUACUCAGCUGUCUGUACGAUGCCGUCUCCGCAAUCCUCCGCAAGAAUGUGGAGAAACGUGCACUGCUUGACAACCUUGACCUUAUAAUGCUGGCCAUGGAUGAGAUCUGUGAUGGAGGCAUCCCCCUGGAGACUGAUCCUCAAGUAGUAAGUCAGCGAGUCGCCCUCAGGAUGGAGGAGUCGCCCUUCAAUGACCAAACUGUAACCCAGGUGUUGCAGUCAGCCCGGGAACAACUGAAGUGGUCAUUGUUAAAGUAAAAUAGUCAUGUUGUUUCCCUUAUCUGCUCCUCCACACAUACACACACACACACACACACAUCUGCACCUAGUGGACACAUUACAUCAGGUGCUCAAUCAGGAAACUAUGUAAAUUCAUUCAGACAUUUUAGGCAUAUAGAUGAUUUCUCAUGUUUAAAGUUCUCAUUUGUUUUGAUAUUGUGGACGAUUUUGUAUCAGCACAAUUAACACAUUCCUGAGGAUUUUUCACUAUGGAAAAGGUCAGCGUUUGGUAUGUGAAUAUGUACUGAGUGUCAUACAAAGGAGGUAGAUGGUGUUAGUAAAAGUGAUUGCUUUCAUCUGAUGUUAAAAAUUUUCUAAAUAGUUAAAAGUUUUCCAAGUAGUUGCAUUUCAGUGGUGGUAAGAUGAUGUCACUGUAGAGAAAAACUAAUCUCUGAUGGUCAAUGAAAGAUACAUUCAAAGUUUCAAUGGUCAUAAUUUAAAGGCAUCGUAAACAAAACUAUUUUUUAUAAUACAAGUAAGAUAUAUUUUGAAUCAGUAUGCAGAGUAUAAGAAACAUUCAUCUUCAUUUUAAUAUCCAGAUCUUGUUAUUAAAGUUACAAAGGGGGUUCAGGUGACUGUAGCACAUUGCCUCACUUGCAGUCUAAAAGUUUCAAGUUAGACUUGUCUCCUAAAAGUCUCUUGAUGUGAGAGGCAGCAGUCUCUUGCAGCCUUAGCCUGACACCUUAUGAUCAUAUAAUACUACAAAUAUUAGUAAUUGUGUGUGUGUAUAUAUAUAUAUAUAUAUAUAUAUAUAUAUAUAUAUAUAUAUAUAUAUAUAUAUAUAUAUAUAUAUAUAUAUAUAUAUAUAUAUAUAUAUAUAUAUAUAUAUAUAUAUAUAUAUAUUUUUUUUUUUUUUUCCUUCUUCCCAACAUGAGAUGUAAUUCAAUAAUGCCAUUUUUCCUUUUAAAGUUCAUUCUGAAAUUUAUUAACAAGACUUUAAAAAUUAGUACCAAACUGUUGAGUCUCCAAGGAAUAGUUAAAUCAUUUUUAUCGUAAAACACAAGUCAAAUUAAAAUAAUGUAACAUGAAAAGCAGUAAAAAGUACUGGCAUACUCUACCAAGGCACCACUGCAAUCUUAAGUAUCAUUCUGUGAAUAUAGAGAUAUAUAUAGAGAAAGGAAUGAAAAAAAAGAUGUUUUGUUAACUGAAUAAAUUAAUUUUUUUUUGUGUGGAUUUUCUGUAUGUCCCACAAAGAAUGGCAGGUGUGAGUGUAUUGAUGUUAGCCUUAAAACUCCAGUAACUUCCGCUGCAAUAUGCUAAAAGUAACUGAUGCUGAAGUGUUUGAGAAUAUGAUCCCAAGCUUGCAAGUGCCAGCAGUCUCUGUCAAUGGUGGACAGAAAGAGAAGGGGAGGUAGGUUAGGAGCCAGGAAGCUAGGGAGGAGCUAUCCAAAGGAAAGCUUGUUAUAUGCAACAUUUUGUUCCAACAUCUUCAAGCAGACUGAGGCAAUGGGUGUCUGGACUUCAUAAUAUAUGUGGGUGCUGGCUUGUAACUAGUCAAUGUUGAACUGUAGUGGGAGACAUGAUCUGCUGGAACCAUACUAUUUUUCAGCCAAUGAGGAAGUGGAUGAUGUCUUCCAUUCAUAAUUAAUUUCCUUAAAAAAAAAAAAAAGAUCCUUUCCAUAAAAAAACAAAUUUUUAACUUGUAGUUCAAUGAAACUUAUAUAUUUUACAUGCAUUAAACUCCAUGAUUCAUUGAUAAUAAAGAAUGUUACUCCUUGUAGCAUGAAAUAAAUUCCAAAACUGU